UUUCUUGUGGUGAAACCCUAGCGCCGCGUUGCACUUUUCUCUCUCAUCGCGUCAUUGACCCAAAAAUGACAAAUUCGCAGUGUACAACUGCUUUAUGGCAGGGCUGCUCAACCGAUUUGGGCAAAGAAAUUUAUGUUUUGCCCUUUCUCCAUCAUGCUUUGGCCAAAUGAGGUAUAAUCCUUCUCUUCUUUUACUUUUUCUACAAAUCAAGGUCAAACGAGUGCAAAUUCCUUAAUGGGAUUUGUCUCGUUUCGAUUUUGAAUACUUGUUUGUCAUUAGUUGAUAGUGAUUCAACUGGAUUCAAGAGAAUCCCUAGAAAACAUAUUGUCCCACAUCGAAUUUGAAAAAAGCUUUACCGGUUUUGGGGUUCAACAAAGAUUUGAAGGAUUAGUUUUUCAACUUCACCAUUCCUUUCGUGGGAAUACAUUUCGAGAUGAAAAAUUUCAAGAAACUCUAUAUAAAGAACCCCACCUUCACAUUCACACACACAUUACAAGUCUGAAAAUUUUUAAAAUUACACAAGCCUUUCUUCGAAUAGAGCAAUAGUGCGCAGUUUAGUUAGGGUUUUAGCUUUCAGUUGAAACCUUUAAGUUAUUGGGAACUUAGUCUAAAAGAAUAUUUUCUUUUGUGGCUGAGCAUCGGAGGUGGAGGAAUUAGGCUUCUAAAUUCAUUGUCGACCAAGGCUGCACAAAGAAGAGAUGCUCAAAUGGAGAAAAUGAAGGUCCGUCAAAACUAUCAGAAUCACUGGCACACCGAUCUCCUUCGCGCUCCGCAGUCAGAUCCUCUCUUUUGCUGUUUUUCGCUUUGGUGCGGUCCUUGUGCAUCGUACAUUCUCAGAAAACGAGCUCUAUACAAUGAUAUGUCAAGGUAUACAUGCUGCGGAGGCUAUAUGCCUUGUAGUGGCAGAUGUGGAGAAAGUCAUUGCCCUGAGUUAUGUCUUUGCACAGAGGUUUUUCUUUGCUUUGCAAAUUCAGUUGCCUCAACACGCUUUAUGUUGCAAGACGAGUUCAAUCUGCAGACAACAAAAUGCGAUAAUUGCAUAAUUGGAUUCAUGUUUUGCCUCCAGCAGGUAGCAUGUAUAUUCAGCUGCCUUGCUUGUAUUACAGGAAAUGACGAACUUCAAGAGGCUUCUCAGGUUCUGAACUGUUGCUCGGACAUGGUUUAUUGCACGGUUUGCAGCUGUAUGCAGACACAGCACAAGGUUGAAAUGAACAAACGAGAUGGAAAGUUUGGAGCAAGGCCAACGGUAGCACCACCUGUUCAACAAAUGUCUCGUUUGGAUCAGCCUCUUCCUCCAACCAUUGCAUAUGCACCAACCCAAAACACCCAAUCAUACCCACCCCCACCCCAGCAACCUUAUGGGUACCCACCCCCACUACCCCAGCAACCCUAUGGAUACCCACCACCACCACAACAACCCCCCAUGUACCCUCCCCCACCACAGCAACAUAAUGGUUAUCCUCCAGCCAAUUAUGCUCCAAGCGGUGCUGGAUACCCCCCACCCGGUUAUCAACGGUGAAAUGUCACUACUAAAAAAGCAGGAAUUAGCGACAGACAAAUUUCGAAGCUAAACAGCAAAAUCCGUUGUUAAUCUUAUUUAGCGACGGGUUAUAAUAAAGUCUGUUACCUAUGAGAAAUUUAACAAUGGAUUACCGACGACGUUGGUAGCUAAUUCUUUUUCUUUUUUGUGUGUGUGUGUGUUAAACUUCAUCUUCUUUUUGAAAGAUUCAUUGAUCUCUGCAAUAAAAUUUGGCUACUAGUA